UUAGAAACUGUAUACAUAGCGGUGGCGGGAGAUGUUGAACAGAGAAAUACAGAAGAAACGUCGUGGUUUUGAUAUUUAAAGAAGUGACAGAAUAAAGUAGCAUAGCAGAAUCAGUUUUGAAAGAAAUCGCCUUUGUUGGAGGGAAACGCAAAGAUGGACGAUUUCGGAGUUUAUGCGAUUUUCGGAGUGAACGGUCCGCCUCAAAGGCUGCUAAGUGCCGACGGGCCGUGCAGGGUGUGUGUUGCAGUUCCCUCGACGGUCCGCCAGGUGGUGCUGUUCAGCAGCGGGCCGUGGGGGGAGAGGAUCUGUGUCAACGCGGAGCUCAACGAUGCUGACCGGAUCCCCAUCACUAUCGGCAAACUGACUCCUUACAAUAGGUGUCUGUCAUGGGAGCAGUGGGAGGAGGAGACUUGGACAGACAACGUAACACUCAACAUCACUCUGGAGGGAGGAAGCCUGACAAAAGCAGAUUGGUCAGAACCAGAACUCAUCCUGGCUGUGAAGGAAUACACACCAAAGGACACCACGGCUCCCCUCGCAGCCCGAGAGGUCAACGGCAAGAGGAAAAGAGGACGAGUGGCAGAGGAAGACAGUGACGAGAAUAAGGCGACGAAAAGAGAGGAAGAAGAGAACGUGUGUCCCAAUGGUACCUUGGAGAAGACCACACCUGUGCGAAAAGCCAGAGGGCAAACCAAAGCGGGGCAGAAGCUGUUCAGUAGUGGAGGAGAUGCAACAAAGAUGAAGGGAACAGCUAAUGGAGCGGGAGAGGCGCAGGGGAUUGUGGGAAGAACGCCUCCUCAGAGCGCAGCCAGGACGAAGAGUAGGCAGGCCAAGACUCCCACACAGACCGCCCCGCUGAUCAGCCCGUCAGGUCGCUGGGGUCAGACUCUGUGUCCCAUCGAUGCUCAGACAGCAAUUCUGAUUGGAGGACAGGGAGCCAGGAUGCAGUUCUGCAAGGAUCCCAUGUGGAAGCUGUGCACAGAGGACAUGUCCUGGGUGGCUGCGGAGACUCUGGCAGAGGGUCCGACCCCUGAGGCCAGGAUUGGCCACACAGCCGCCUACGACCCCGACUCAAAGCGGAUCUUUGUGUUUGGAGGCUCUAAAAACAAGAAAUGGUUCAACGACGUUCACAUCCUGGACACACAGAGCUGGAAGUGGACCAUGGUGGAGGCUCAAGGUAAGGUUCCUCCUCUGGCCUACCACAGCUGCAGCAUGUUUCGAGGUGAGCUCUUCGUACUGGGAGGGGUGUUCCCUCGUCCAAACCCGGAGCCCGACGGCUGCAGCGACUCGCUGUACAUCUUCGAUCCCCACCUCUCCAUCUGGUACGAACCCAUUGUGACAGGAGACAAACCCUCCCCCCGCUCAGGUCACUCUGCAUGUGUGAUGCAGGAGAGGAAGAUCUACGUAUUUGGUGGAUGGGACACUCCAGUCUGCUACAAUGACAUGUACAUGUUGGACCUCGGUCUGAUGGAGUUUUCUGCUGUGAAAACAACUGGGAAAGCCCCCUCUCCUCGAAGCUGGCAUGGCAGCGCUGUGCUUUCAGACACUAAGUUUCUGAUCCACGGAGGUUACAACGGAAACAACGCACUCAGUGACACUUUCAUCUUCGAUAUAGACUCAAACAGCUGGACAGAGGUGUCGCUCCCUCAGCUCAUUGUCCCCAGGGCGGGGCACUCCCUCAUCACCAUGGAUACAGUCAGUCGCCACCCUUUCUCAGAGGAUGAUGAAGACUUGGAUAUGGACGCAGGCAGAACUCUGCUGGUGUUCGGAGGCGGAGACAACGAGGGCAACUUCUACUCUGACCUGACGACUGUCGCCGUGGAGGAACUUCUCAGUGCUAUAUAAAGAGAGUGAGUCAGAGGUGAAUCCUCACUGCCUGACUGCAUGUGAAGCUAUUUCCACACCCCCACUUUGCCCUUUAUUAUUUAUAUUCUCAUGGUUUGCCUUUUUUACUUUGGUUGAAUGAUUCCUGUCUUCUUUCAAUUGUUUUUAAAGGGUUUUUACAGUUUCAGUUUUGGAAAAUGUGCAUGUAAGUACCAGUGUACUGUAUGUACAUUAUGGGCAUUUUGUUGAAUACAGAUAUUUAAAAAUAAAUAUUGACAAAUAUUUCCAAUCAAGUGCAAAACAGGAUUAAGAUACUUUUCUACUUUUUAACAAAUGUUUUUUUUUUUUUCAUAAUAAGAAUAAUUGUUGUUUUAAACACAAAACAUUGCAGAUUAAAUCAUCAAGGAUGUUAUAUCAAUUUUUAUGUACAUAGUUUAAAGUCUCAAGAUCUUCCUCAGGUAAAAUGUAUAGUUUUAAUUUGAUAGGUUAAAUAUCUUUUUCUGUUUCUUAUGUGUAAUGGAGUUUUUCACCAGCCCUGAUCAUUUGGAAUAUUUUGCCUCUGAAUAACUGCAAAUGCAUAAACUGUUUUUUUUGUUGUGAUGAAAGUUAUCAUCUUCAAACUGAUCUAAAAAUCUAUUCAUGCUACUGUGCUGUUCCAUUUUGGCUCUUGUCUUUACUUAAUAAACAUUUUAAUU